AUGAGUUUUGUAAAAGAGGAAUCGGAUAGUUCCAUUAAAGAUGAUCAGAUCCGGCGAGCCCAACUGCAAAUUCAAUUUCACGGAACCAGAAUGGAGGAUUUUCAGUCCAUUGAAGCCUAUGUGAAAAGAUUGAAGUCCAUCGCCGAUUCUCUAGCAGAAAUCGGCGAUGAAAUUUCAAAUUCAAACAUGGUGUUGCAACUUCUUGCUGGUUUGCCUACUCAAUACUUUCCCCUCAAAAACACAAUAUCAUCAAUGUUUCCUCUCCCUAAUUUUGAAGACGCUUGUUUCAUGUUGCACAUUCAACAAGACAUAUUAUUACAUGUAAGCAAAGAUCCCAGUGUUGUUGGUGCAGAGCAAUCGUCGUCUGGUUUUUGUACGGUAGAUAAGUUUGUUGAUGUAGUGGAGACAUUGGGUACUGUCGUAGCUGCAGCUGGUACAUUGGGAUUGGGUACUGCCUUUGCUGCUCCAUUGGGUACUGUUGUUGGUGCAGUGGGUGCAUCCAGGAUGAUUGUAUUUGGAGCAGUAAGUGCCAUGGCUGGCUGGAAAAAUUGGCAAACACUCGGUCGCAAGUAA